AUGGAUUUCUAUCUCUUCACUUUUCUUUGCGGGGCUUUUGCGUUUGUUUGGGAAUUCCCCUGUUUCCAGACUCUAGCUAUAUAUCCUCCAGCUGACCCGAAAAACAACAAGGUGGCGAAUGUUUUGGAUGGACAAGAAGCGUCAGUGCAUUUUAAAGAGUUUUACGCGCCACCUUCCCGGGACAGAGGACAUAAAGCGUCGUCUAAAGACUUAAUCGAACCUCAUGACUACAUGCUGUCAAUUUACAAGACCUUCUCCACGGCAGAGAAGUUGGGACUCAACGCCAGUUUUUUUCGUUCUUCAAAGGCUGCAAACACUAUUGCAAGUUUUGUGGACAGUGGACAAGAUGACCUCCCACUCUCCCCUCUGAGGAGACAGCAGUAUCUGUUCGACGUCUCAACCCUCUCUAAAAAAGCAGAGGUGCUGGGAGCAGAGCUCAGGAUAUACACCAAAGUGUCUGGGAAUUUCAGGAUAUCGGAAACAGAGCCUGUCGACAUCCAGCUCCUCUCAUGCCAUGACCAGCGUCUGCUCCACUCCAAAACCUUGGACCUGCAGGAUUCCCAUGGGCCAAAGUGGGAGGUGUUGGACGUGUGGGAUAUAUUCAAAGAGCGGCAGCACCUGAGCCAGGGGAAAUAUUUCUGUCUGGAGCUCAGGGCCCUGCUGGACACCCCUGAGAGGGAGCUGGACCUCCAUCUUCUCGGCUUGCAGCGGCAUGGGAGGCCUCAGCAGAAGAAAGCCAUUUUAGUGGUCUUCACCAGGUCAAAGAAGAGGCAGACACUUUUCAGUGAGAGGAGGGAGGGGACAGCAUUACUGGGCCUUGAGAAAGCCAAAGAGAGGGGCCCUGGCUCCAAAGCCAGCAGGAGACGUAGGACGGCUGCGUCCAAGACCCGUCACGGGAAGAGACAUGGAAAGAAGUCAAAGUCCAGGUGCAGCAAGAAGCCUCUGCAUGUCAACUUCAGAGACCUGGGCUGGGAUGACUGGAUCAUCGCCCCGCUGGACUAUGAAGCGUACCACUGUGAGGGUGUUUGUGACUUCCCUCUGCGCUCCCACCUGGAGCCCACCAACCAUGCCAUCAUCCAGACUCUGAUGAACUCAAUGAAUCCCAGCAACAUGCCGCCCAGCUGCUGCGCCCCGUCCAAACUCAGCCCCAUCAGCAUCCUGUACAUCGACUCAGGAAACAAUGUGGUCUAUAAACAGUAUGAGGACAUGGUGGUGGAGUCUUGUGGCUGCAGGUAGUGGAUCUGACAGGUGUGGCUUCCCCUCUUCUUCACCAGGCUCUCAAGUUACGCAGGAUCACAUUAUGUGUGCUGAAAAGGCUGCACCUGAAGUAAAAAAACUUAUUUGGUGUAUUAGGCCAAGUGGAUUCCUAAAAACUUGUGAUCCGUUUUAAAACCACACACUGAACAGAACUGUGUAUUUUACCUCAAACACCAAUUUUUCUGUUUUGAAAAAGUCCAUCCAGUUGCCUUAAACUUAUUUCCUACAAAAACUUAGACGUGAAGAUUUUCCCCAUUCUCAUGUCUUUAUGCUCUAGAGCGAGGUGAGGUGUGGUCACGUGUGGCCUCUGCCCACUUCAUCUUAACUAAAAAUAACCAGAGAACUACACAUUCAUAAAACUAAUGUUCCAUUAUAAGCUCUUAUUUCAUCAGACUUUAUUUGCAUAGCACUUCUAUACAAAUGAAUGUUGUACACAGAUUUACAGAGCGUAAAAAAAACUGUAGAAUUGAUUCAAAGAAAAUAACCAUCAAACAUUUCCUUCCACUCCAUUUUGUCCCACUCCAGGUCCAAUCAAGGUCCACGUCUAAGCUCUAAGAUUGUGCUCUGAAUUUAAAUAAAAUAAUAUUAAUAUAAAAUAAACUGAAGAUCUAAGGAAAUGCUCUCAUAUUUAGAUCUCAGAACAGUAGUGGUUUGGGGACGGGAUUUGCAGAUUAAAGAACUACUAAA